AUGACCAUCGCAAUCAACCACAUUUCUAUGUACACCACUAACCUUGAAGAUACAAAGAACUUUUUUAUAACAUUUUUUAAUGCAACACCAAACAAGAAAUAUCACAAUCCUAAAACGGGAUUGAGCACUUAUUUUCUCUCAUUUGCUGAUAGUCAAGUAAAACUUGAAAUCAUGACAAAACCGGAUCUUUCUACUGACUGUGGAAUACACACAGGUUUAAAUCACCUCGCAUUUUCUCUUAAUUGUAAGGAACGUGUCGACGAAUUGACAAAACAACUUUCUGAAAACGGGUAUAAAACUCUUAGCGGACCAAGAACAACAGGAGACGGAUAUUAUGAGUCGUGUGUUGAAGGGCCAGAGGGUAUCUUAAUUGAACUGACUCAAUAA